AAUUCCAUUGUGACCGCGAGUUGACAUAUUCAGACUGUCAAUCAGUUAUGUUACCCAGUCUAGUACGUUUGUCAGAAAGUCUAGUCUUAUUUAUAAUGUGAAUUAAUUCAGUGUUGUUUUUAGGAAUAAAGUAAUAACGCAUUAUAAAAUAAAGAUGAAAGAUACUAAAGAAAGAACUAUGUCCGGCAGUAGCGGAAUGCUUAGCAAUGAUUAUAUGGACGCUUUUAGCUCUAUAAACGAGAGACCGGUGGAUGAUAUAUCAUUAGAAUUUUUUUAUAAACCUCAUACUAUAACACUGCUGGCAGUAUCAAUUGCAUCCGUUAUUUACACAGCGUUUGUAAGAGAUGAAUCCAGAAUCCAAGAAAACAUUUGGUCAGGAAUUUGUUGUGUGGUGUUCUUUUUUCUCAUAAUAUCAGUACUAACAUUCCCCAAUGGACCAUUCACACGACCACAUCCAGCAGUCUGGAGGAUUGUCUUUGGAGCAUCAGUACUGUACCUGCUUGCGCUGUUGUUUUUAUUGUUCCAAAGUUAUUCUACAGUUUAUGAGAUAAUGUAUUGGAUUGACCCCAACCUUCGUAACUUCCACAUUGAUAUGGAUAAGGAGUAUGCUGUUAAUUGUUCAGAUAUAAGCUUGUCUAAAGUCUGGUCUCAUGUAGAUGUGUUUGCCUGGGGCCACUUCUUGGGUUGGAUGUUCAAAGCUAUACUAUUUAGGCAUGCAGGUCUUCUGUGGGCUAUAUCGAUAAUGUGGGAAAUAACUGAAAUAGCUUUUGCACACUUACUUCCUAACUUCUUAGAAUGUUGGUGGGAUUCAGUUAUACUAGAUGUCUUAGUAUGCAAUGGUCUAGGAAUAUGGUGUGGGCUUAAGAUUUGUAAAGCCCUGGAAAUGAGAGAAUACAAGUGGGUCAGCAUAAGGGAUAUUUCAUCCACUACGGGAAAAAUAAAGCGGGCGAUCUUGCAGUUCACUCCCGUGCAGUGGACACCAGUCCGGUGGUUAGAUCCUACGAGCACAUACAUGCGAUUCUGUGCUCUAAGUCAAUUGGUGGUUUUUUGGCAAAUAUCUGAACUUAACACUUUUUUCUUGAAACACAUUUUUGAAAUGCCACCUUCACAUCCUCUAGUGAUCGCGCGCCUAUGUCUCAUAGGAGUCAUUGUCGCUCCGUCCGUAAGACAAUACUAUACUUACGUUACGGAUCCAAAUUGUAAGCGAGUUGGUACCCAGUGUUGGGUAUAUGGAGCUAUUAUGGUUACAGAAUCGAUGUUAUGUAUAAAAAAUGGAAAAGAACUCUUUGGUCAAGCACAAGUGUGUAAUGUGAUUGUGUGGCUAGUCAUUCAAAUUAUGGUUUCCAUUGGCUGUGUAAAUGGGGUUGUGCUCUAUCAUAGAUAUUUUGAGCCAAAUAGUGAAUUGAAUGCUGAAAGUCCUAAGAAAGACGACUAGGGAAGUCUAACUGAUGACUUCAAGAAGAUUUCAUUAGUUAAUUCUGUGAUGUAGUCUAUCAAAGAUACCUGGUGUUGUGCGCUAAUUAAAUGUUUUAAAACCUAUACAUAUCUGUUGAAAAUUGCUUGCGCUCUGACCUGAGUGGCUUUGACCAAUAUUUAUUUAAAAAAUAUCCUAUAAUGCUGUUUUAAUCAGUUUUAUACAAGAAGCAUUUAGGGACAAAGGUGGGAUUAUUUGUGUCACAACUUGGGAUAUUCUUCGAAUUUCUAUUAAAUCUCACUUAUCAUUAUUUGAAAAUCUUGCUCAUAUUGUAGUCUGAAAGAUAACCAACUAGGUACCCAUCCCACUACCCCCAUAAAUUUUGUGAUUGCACUUUCUGAUCAUCAGAAUUAUUUAUGUACUCACCAUUAAAUCCUGAAAUGAUGCUCAAUUUUAAGCUGAAGAUAAUAAAAAAACCAAACAGUGCUGUUAAGAUGAUGAAAAAUUAAUAACUAAAUUCUGUGUUAAUCACGCCUUACAUGCCUGUAAUGGCUUCCCUUAAUACUUCAGACAAAUCUGCCUGGUCCAAGUGUGCAUUAAUCAGCCUUUCAGGUUCUGAGACAACUACGAUGUCAAAAUAUGAUUAGGUUUAUUGAAAAAUCUAUUUGAAGCAGUGAAGCCAAUUCAAGUACCUUCUCCUGCUGAGGCUGUCUUUUUAACUUCUAGUUGUAGAAAAUUGUAUUUAAGUCAAGCUUGCGUAGUUGUGCCUAUUUAACAGGUAGGCAAAUUGAUACCUACAGUUUGUUGUUGGAUACAAAUCGAAUAGCGCAUUCACCAUGGAGUUGUUAACAAUAAGCAUAUUACCCAAACUUGCUAAAUAUAGGAAAUUAGGUUAUGUGUGAUCUUAUUCUAUAAUAAUUUGCUUUAGUGGUCCUAUCUAGAUAAAUAUACUUAGAGCUGGCUAAUUCAGGUACUAGGCCUACUUUAUUAAUAAACUGUUUAUAACUUAUCAAAUAUCAGUCAUUUCUGUUAAACAAAAAAAAACUUGGUCCACUUUAUACAUACAUGUUUACAGACAAGCAAACGAUUGAUAAUUAAAACAAAUUUAUUUUAAUGAUUGGGACAUAUUUAAAGUAUCUUGUACAUACUUGAACUGAUUUUGAUGGUACUUGAUGUGUCGGUUAUAAAUGUCAGGCUUUAUAUUAAUAAUUAUGAUUAUUAAGAUGUUACAGAAGAAAGUAAUAUAUAUAUAUAUAUUUUCCAUCGAAUUCUUGGUUUCAUAUUCUUUUACUAGCGUAUAAUGUCCAAUGAAUUCUAUGACAAAUUUGACGGGUAUGGAAUUAGACAAUCAUAAACUGUUAUUUAAUUAAGGCGUAUGUUGAGUAAAUGGAUAUAAAAAGUGUUUUUAGUUAGUAAAAUGUCAUUGAAACGUGCUAUAGUUAAGAAAGAAACCAAAUGUACCUAUUUUUAAAUACUUAAUAAGAAAACGUUGGUAAACAUGUUAUAUUAUUUGUUUUGUUAGCGCUGUCCAAGGAUUCAUCAAUCCUGCAUUAGUUAUAUGAACCUAACGAUAUUGGUAACCAUUUCUAGAUAUUGACAAUGAUUCAUUUUUAUGCAACGCGUAUUCAGACUGCUAAUUUAUGCCGCUAGAUAUGUAUCUAAUAUAAAUAACUUAAUGUUAACAAUGAUGAAUCGAAAAUCGAUCGCCGCUUGAACUGGUAGCAUUUAGCCCGUCACUCUGUUAUUAUGACGUAUGUAUUUGUGCUGCCACAUACUGACUCAAUUCUAGAGGGCUGUACUGUAAAAGGUAUAAAAUAAAUCUAAUUGAACCAAUAUCGUUAGAGGAUAGAUUUAAAUUAUAGAGAUAAUAGACAUCGUUAUUUUCUUUUAAUAUUAUUAUUUGUUAAAUAAUCCUUUUCGAAUAAGUCGAUUGGAUUCGAUGGGGCCAAUGUUGCUACAGUCCAUCGAACACCAAUGGUACACACUUAGAUGUAUGCGAACUGUUAAAUACUACAUGCAAAUUGAAGAUAGGGUCAUGUGCUUACGAAUGCUUCCUGACGAGGCAACACCAGUUAUAUUUAUGUGUCGAUCUUUGCUAUAAAAAUAAAAUAUCACUAGCAAAAGACCGACGAAGUAUGAGAUACAGUCGACCGCAAAUGUACUGACGGUAAACUUAGAUCAUAUAUUUUAUUUGAAGGUAAAGAAAAAAUUGUUAUUUUUAUUUAACAGUGACUCUUUGCGGUCACCGUUUCUAUGUUAAAAUGAUGAUAGCACGGACGAAAGAAAAUUGUAAUGAAUACUUUGCUCAGUAAUAAAUACAAAUUGUAUAAAUGGA